AUGGACCGGGCACUUACUUUUAAUAAAAAUAUUGAAAAAAGAUGCUGCAAAGGUCUAAAAAUACUUGGCCUCAUAAAAAGAGUUUCUACUGAAUUUAAAUUGUUAGCACCACUUAAAGCUUUAUACUGUGCAUUUGGCAGGUCAACUCUUGAAUAUGGUACUGUUAUUUGGGACCUUUAUACAGCUACUAGUAGGAAUCAAAUUGAAAGGGUUCAACAUAAAUUUCUAAACUAUGCUGCUAAAGUUCUUCAUAUUGAACAUAAACCUCAUAAUUAUGAACCAGUCCGUACUCUCCUAGAAUUAUCGAACCUAACUGACAGGCGUAUUGCAGCUAACAAGAUAUUCUUACAAAAACUCAUAGAUGGCUCUAUUGACUGUUCUGAAUUGUUAAGUCAACUUAACUUUAAAAUCCCCUGUUUCUAUUCACGGUCGCAUUAUCCUUUUUUCAUACCACUUUGCACCACCAAUUAUAUCCGUAAUAAACCUUUGUUCAGAAUGAUGCGCAUUGCUAAUGAGUCUACAGCCACUCCAUUUUAA